AUGAACGAUCAUCUCACUGCUACUGCAGCAGAUAUCACUGGUGCACCAGCUAUCACUGCUGCAUCAUCUACCACCGCUGCAUCAGCUACCACUGCUGCACCUACCCCAACUACCACAACUAGUGAUAAUGGCAACGGGGAAAAAAAUAUUCAGGAUCCUGCUGAAAUAGUUAAAAAAAUGCAACUUGAAAUUGUGACGGGAAGACCUUUAGAAAUAUCCAAUAUAUCGGAGGAGUUGACCGGCCAAACAACUUUUAUAAGUGUAGACAGAGAAAAUAUCAUUGAAACAGGAUUCGAGGAAAUUGAAUCGUUGGGUGUCAGUGAAUUAAGAAACACAUUAGAAGUUUCGUUUUAUGGAGAGAUGGCAGUAGAUGCUGGUGGUCCACGGAAAGAAUUUUUCAGAUUAAUGCUUCAAGAAAUUAAGAAAAAGUAUUUUGACAAUGGAUUUCGUGAUUUGAGAGCCAAUGUUUAUGUGUCCAUUGGAAAGUUAUUUGCCCUUAGCAUUCUCCAAAACGGAAAGGUUCCCCAAUUUAUGGAUACAGAAACCCUUGAUAAAAUUUUUGGCGAUGAACCCUUGAAUUUAGAGGAGAAUAGAUGCAUAUGCAGUUUAAAAGAAGGACUAGAUACUCUUGGUAUUGUCGAGCUGGACGGAGAGGAACCUUAA